UCGCACAGGGACGAAGUGCGAGAAGCUUGAUAAAAACGAUGAGAUGAAAGCGUGGGUUACUACUACGCUUGGGGAGUCGCUAAAACUGAUUACGGAGAAAAUCGAGGAAGUGGAUAAGAAGUCGAAAUUGACUUCAGGAGAGAAGGAAGAGCUGGAGCGUCUCCGGAAGGAGAAAUCACGCUCAGAAAAGGCGAGCUUGGACUCUACGAGUAGUGAGAAGCGAAAGAGGGGUGGGGAGCAAACACCGGUGAUUAACUCUCCCUCGGCGAAUCGAGUCAAGACUCGAUCACGGGGAAGUGUAAAGGUUAAAUCUUGGUCAAAAAGGAUAGAUGUUUCAUCGGACGAGGAAGGACAAGUUGGAGUGAAGCAAAAUCUCCAAGCCAAAAUGGAAGGGAGCAGUGAGUUGAGCGAUAUAAAGAAGAUGCUCGCAGCACUCAUGCAAGGGCUGGAAGACAAGAAAGGGAAGACGAAAGUGGUCGUGCCAAGGGUAACCAAGAAUGGACCAGUCGACGGAGAUGACGUGGACCUGGUGCAGAAUGCCUCAUGCGCAGAGGAUGAGGAAGAAAUCGACGAAGGUGGCCUCGCUGCUUACAUGAAGAUCCGCCUGGACUUCUACCAAUCUCUGCACCACUCGAGGGUGCAAGAGAUGUGUAAGCAAAAAGGGAUAUAGUACUAUCGAAAAGAAAUGGGAGCAUGGGAGCUCGCAAGGCUGGACCUCC